AUGCCAAAAAGAAAAGUAAAAAAAUAUGAACCUACUCGACUUCCUAAUAUUGGUUAUCUAGGAGUUGGUUAUGAUAUCUAUAGAGGCAAUCCUAAAGAAAUAGGUAGUGUGGAUAAAGGCUUUAAAUUGGAGCCUAUUUUUAAUCUUACUUUAGAUGGAGGAAUAACUCCUGAUGGUCGUUAUGUUCUGCCCAAAGGAAUUGCUGCUCAGCAAUGUAUUUCUUGUAUUAUUGAUUUUGAGACUGACUAUGUUAAAACUAUAAAGAAUUAUGAAGAAGAUUUAGAAAAAUCAAUAUCAGUUAAUGGAGAAAUUUCUUUUCCUUGA